UGUGAAUCUUUUCCGUACUCUUGAUUACUUUUAUUGACUUUUUCUUUCUUCCAUUCUUCCAUUCUUCUUCCAUUCUUCUACAUUAGCCCCAAUUCCCUAGUCAACGAAGAUGGCUACGAACUUCCAUCUCUACCACCCCUCGCUCAGACGCGAUCGAGAAGAGUCGGCAACCGGUGGAGACCUUAAGACUACUCCGACGAAUACCUCUUCCAGCAACAACAGCAACAGCAACAGCACAAGUCUAUUUGGAAGCAGCCCAAAGCACACUCUGCAUUCUCAUGCACAUCAUAGAGGAUUCUCGUUCGACAAGAUCAAGAGCAAGGUGAGUCGUCGCUCGCUGGAGCCAGAAGUGAUACCAGGUUCUCCAGACAGAAGAAACUCUGCUUUUCCCAUGAUUGUGAUCUCAGAAUCAAAUGAGACAAGUCGUAACCAAAGUCAGAACGAAAACCAAAACCAAAUGAAUGUCUCUGCAGCAAAUACAAGACGUCUCAGAGCUCAUCUUGUUCCCAACGGAAACUCAACUUCUCGGAAACAAACGAAGGAACUCGUGAAGUUAGAAACGGCUCACAUAAUCCUGAAGAAAUUGGAAUCGAUUUUGCUGGAUCUCGGACUUCAGUCUCCUAUACCGUUGAAAGCUACCAACAACACCUCCAGUGGCUCCAUAGCUAAGUCGGUCAAGGUAUACAUCGCCAACACAAACGAUUGCAUCUUCUUAGCACCAGCAUCUUCCGCCAGUUUCACCUAUGAAGACGUCGAGAACGGGGGUGCAAUUCCACAUGAUGAUGAAGACGACGACGAAGGAAUGGAUAGUCUCGUUGUAGACUCUGGCAGAAGCAAUAGCAACUUCACUUCCAUACGACGUGGAUCCGUAAUCUCAGAUGAUGAGUCUGCUGUAACGUCAGACGAGGAAGCGGUUCUGCCAGACUUGGCUACACCCAGAAGACUUAAGAAAAAAAUGAGGUUCUUCAACUCGCCCAACUAUCUCUGCACCAAGAUCGAUUCAGACAUGCCGAUCCCACACACUUUUGCUGUCGUAAUCGAACUCGAAAAGGAUUCCACUUCUGUGAGAGACGUAAAGUUCGAUUUUCUGUCAGUCACGAAUAUCUUGUGGCCAUCUGGAGAUCCUUAUAGCCGAACCCAUUCAAAGGAGCGGUUCAAGAUUGGCAGUAUGGAGUGGUCUACAAGUCUCGGAGAUUCCGAUUUCUACAUUAACACCAACAACUCGAACGAUGUACGCAUCAAAAAUAUCACUCCUGAUGAUCUCGCCAGAAGGACAAGAGAAUAUAAACUCGUGAAUAUCCGCAAUCUUGCUGAUGGAACAGACAACGCCAACACCAGUCGUAAAAACUCUAUCUCACUAGACUUUAACGAUCUGCCCUUAAAUACUCAUGGCAAUAGCAAUGGGAACAGUAAUAGUAGUGAAGUGUACAAGGCUGGUCUUUAUGUGUUUCUCUUGCCGAUUAUCUUACCUCAGCAUAUCCCUCCUACGAUCAUCUCAAUCAACGGCACGCUUUUGCACACAUUGAGUAUCAACUUCAACAAGACAAGUGACAUGCUCAACAGAAAGGUCAAAGUCUGCUCCACGUACAAUUUGCCUAUGGUGAGGACGCCUCCCUCAUUUGCUAAUUCGAUUGCUGAUAAGCCCAUCUACGUUAACCGUGUAUGGAACGAUUCGUUGCAUUACAUCAUAACUUUUCCCAAAAAGUAUGUGUCGUUGGGACUGGAACAUGUAGUCAAUGUAAAACUUGUUCCGCUAGUCAAAGACGUUAUUAUCAAGCGCAUCAAAUUCAAUGUUCUAGAGAGAAUAACAUAUGUCUCUAAGAACUUGUCUAAGGAGUACGACUUUGACAGUGAUGAUCCUUAUUGUGUGAAAGCACAUUCAUCGGACAAUAGAACUAGAGAAAGAGUCGUUUCUCUUUGUGAGUUAAAGACAAAAUCGAAACAGAACAGUAUGAUAGGGGUUCCUGGAGAUCCUUAUAAGGAGGAAGUUGUCAAGUGUCCCGACAAUAACUUGUUGUUUUCAUGCUAUGAACCUGAUGAGUAUGAAAACUUUAGACUAGAGGACUCGAAUACAAACAAGCGUAAGGGAAAAGACAAGGAAGAGACACCUACGAUGAUUGCUUCACCUCUCGAUAUCAACAUAGCUUUGCCUUUUUUAACCACCAGAAUGGACAAGACCAUGAUGACUAGUACAGAAGAAGAUCCAGCGCAUCUUCAUAGAAGUUCUGUUUCCAGAAAGGCUUCUAUCACUACUGAAAGUUUGAACAGUACUUCUGGCGGAGGCUCGCCUUCUUUCCAGCCUACUUCUCCCAUAAUAGGGGCUUUGGAAACAAACCUUUCCCAUAGACAUAGCAUGGAUUCGUACGAUCCCGUUUCGUCUGACUACAUAAAACCAAACUCUUCAAUGUACUUGUCAGAUGACAACAGCGCGAAACUGACGCCUCCUGAAAACAUUCAGAAAGGGUUUACGUUGGUUUCAAAGGCUUUGUAUCCUGAUUCUAACUUCAGACACAUCCAGAUCAGCCACAGAUUGCAGGUAUGUUUCCGGAUUUCGAAGCCAGAUCCGAAGGACGGCUUCAAGAUGCACCAUUACGAGGUUGUGGUCGAUACGCCUUUGAUUCUCUUGAGUUCCAAGUGUAAUGAGGGAUCAAUCCAGUUGCCCAAGUAUGACGACCUAGAAGGUGUUUUUUCUACUGUAGAUACCGAAAUCUCGUUCAGAACACCCGACUUUGAAAGAAACGGAAUUUCCAUCAAAAGGCUCGAUGAAAAUAGCUCUGUUGAACCAUUGCCUUCUUUUGAAGAAGCCACUUCUUCACCUUCGUCGCCGAUUACCAGAUCAAUAUCCAUAGGUGAAGAUCCAUUGAGCAGAAUUCCAUCAAAUAACUUAAUCCCUCUGUCAAAUCCGUACCCAGACGAGCCGGCUCCAGCGUAUGAACGUUCUCUGACAACUUCUAACCAUGGAAGCCGUAACAACAGCUUUGUAGCUUCGUCAAAUAUUGACGAAGUUGUCAACAGCGAUUCCAACAAUAGUUCUUCUUCUAGCUUGAGAAGGUCAACGUUGAGAAAUUCGUUGCUGCAUUCCUUUGCUCCGUCU